CUUGCAGCAUCCAAGACAGCAACGCCGGCCAAACCCAAAACCAAACUAUGGCCUCAAGAUCCGACACAGAGCUCCUGACGGAGCAUUUUGGCUAUCCCCCGGUCAGCCUCCUCGACGAGAUCAUCAACUCGGUCAACUUCCUCGCCGAGCGCGCCCUCAACUCGAUCGAGCAGGGCCUGCUCAACGCCCCGCCCGCCUCGCUGGGUUUCCGCCCUUCCCGACAGAGGAGACCACCGCGGGGUCCCCGGUCGGCCGCCGACGACAACAAAAACAAUGACGACGACGACGACGACGACGAAGAGGCGCUGGCGCGGCAGCGGCACCGCGACGAGGUGGAGUCGGGCACGCACCAGCUCGAGACCCUGCUGUGGGCCAGCAUCGACAAGAACUUUGACCGCUUCGAGAUCUACGUCAUGCGCAACAUCCUCUGCCUGAAGCAGACCGAGAUGGACUGGCUGCGCCUCGCCCACUACGACGGCCUGGUCUUCCCUCCCCCCGGGGAGGAGGAGAACGGGGGAGGGGGAGAGGGAGAGGGAGAGGGGGCGGGGAGGGAGGGCGGCGGCGAAAACAACAAUGACGACGACGACGACGAGAAAUUGAGCGUGGAGAGCAUCAACCGGCUAAGGAGGCGGCUGCAGGCCAGCCAGCGGCUAAACUGCAUGCUGGUCGCGGAGCGGGCGAGGAACGCGGCGCUGCUGGGCGAGAUGCGCCGGCUCGUCGGCGUCCUGCCAGGUCAGGGGGUCAAGGUGGAGUCUGGGCAAUCGUCGGCCGGCGGCGGCGGCGGAGGAGGAGGAGGAGGAGGAGGAGGAUCUGGAGGCGGGGACCAGCAGCAGCAGCAGCAGCAGCAGCAGCAGCAGCAGCAGAAGCCGCCGUUCGGGUUCGUGCACGAAAAGGGGGAUCUCACCAUCGGCGACGCCGAGACCCCGCUCUCGACGACGACGGCCUUCUUGCUGUCGCAGCUGCAGUCGCUCAGGGAGCUCUCGAUGGCACUGAGGGGCGUCAUGGCGCGCCUGGCCGCGGGCGACGGCGCUGUGCAGGAGGAGGAGGAAGAGGAGGAGGAAGAGGAGGAUGAUCGGGAGGGGGGCGACGGGAAGGGGCAGAAGAAGAAGAAGAAGAAGAGCUGGCGGAGGGAGAGGCUGGAGUACGUCGAGACGGCGACCAAGAGGCAUCUGGAGAACGUGCGCGGGCUGGAGCUCGGCAAGAACGGGGAAGUCAGGGACGGCGAAUGGGACGGCGGUGGAAGGAGCUUGGCGAGGGGGGAGGUGGAGAGUUUGGAGAGGGUGGCCGACAUGCUGGGAGGAGGGAGGAGGGAGGACGAGGACCAGGACCAGGACCAGGACCAGGACAGGAUGGACGAGUCAUGAAUCUUCUGUCUGGCAUGCUCUCUGAAAAAGCAAAAACGCGCGGGGCGGCGUUCUCUACGGGGCUUAGCAUUCUGGGUAACGGAGGGGAUUGCAACGGCGUUGGUUGGGAGAAAUUUUUGAUGCUCUCUCUCUUGUCAUC